CGCCACCUAGCGCGCGGGCCGUGAGGAAGCGACGGGCGGGAUCCGAGUCCUCCAACAAGUUUGGAGUUUCAACAGUCUCUGACGCCGCUUCUUGGCCAGGAGAAAAGUAACGCGUCAAAAGCAGAGAAAGUCAGAAAUAGCGUCGAUUGAGCGACCGCAGACGCUGUGAUAAAACUGUUAUUCGGGGGCUGGGCGUGAAGUCUUGAAUCUGCUGCGUGGCACUAGCGGACGGGAAGUCGCUGGACUCCAUGAGGAAACCAUGAAGACGGUAAACCGCUUCGGACCGUUAUCCGGCACACUUUGAAGCCCUAUUGACGUAAAAUGAUCGUAAAUGCGAUUUCUUGCGCGUGAAGGCUCGCUGCGAGUAAUGGACCAGUCCGUGGCAAUCCAAGAGACUUUGGAGAAAGGAGAAAACUGCACCAUAGCUGUGGAGUGCGCUUCACUGCUGAAUGAUGUGAGGGAGAGCAAACUGAUCGGACUGGUGCAGCGGAGCAACGAACAUGCGUUAUUCAUAUAUUCCCAUCGAAGAAUGGCCAUCACCGGAGAUGAUGUCACACUGGAUGAAAUCAUACCCAUUUCUUAUGAUUUCUCAGUUGUUGAAGUUUCGUCUCCGGAUGAGCUUGCUGUUGUUGGAGCCGAUACUCGCGUACGAGUAACUUUUUUGGAAGAGGAGUUGGAGCUGAAGUUACCGUUCGGUUCUCACACCCGUCUCUUCCUCAGCGAAGUCAAUCGGGCCUGGAACGAUGUCUGUGAGCAGUACCCGAAGGAAGAACCGAAAUUUGACUGGCUUACAAAGUACCGUAAGAUGUCCAAAGGAGCCCGAUCCCUGAGAAAGUCGGUUGGAGCGACCGCUGUCAAGAUGAGUCAAAUUAAGAAAUCAGAAAGAGCGCACGCGGCCAAUAACGGUGGACAGAAGAAGGAGAACGAGCGGGCCAGAGGAGAUGGUGCGCAUGAAAGUCAGGAGAGAGUGAAGAGCGAAGGGAGAGAUGACCUGAUCCGAAACUCCCAGCCCAUCCUGUCAAAUAAAUCCCAGAUGCUCGGCAUGCCCCAGUUCGGCCUGCGGGAUAAUCUCAUCAAGUGUGAGCUCCUCAAGAACGAGGAAGCCUACACCUACAUCAAGAACUACAGCUUUUUCUUGGGCACCUACAAUGUGAAUGGCCAGAAUCCAAAGGAAAGUCUCAGUCCAUGGCUGACAUCCAAUGCCGCUCCUCCAGACUUUUACCUCGUGGGGUUCCAGGAGCUGGAUCUCAGUAAAGAGGCAUUUCUCUUCAAUGACACUCCUAAAGAGCCCGAGUGGAUGUUGGCUGUCUACAAGGGCCUCCAUCCAGAUGCCAAGUAUGCUUUAGUGAAGCUGGUGCGGUUGGUGGGCAUCAUGCUAUUGUUUUAUGUGAAGGCGGAGCAUGCAGCACACAUCUCUGGGGUGGAGGUUGAGACCGUCGGCACAGGCGUCAUGGGACGGAUGGGUAAUAAAGGUGCAGUAGCAAUCCGCUUCCAGUUUCACAACUCGGACAUCUGUGUGGUGAACUCCCACCUCGCCGCACAUACUGAAGAGUUUGAAAGACGCAAUCAGGACUUCAAGGACAUUUGCCGCAGGACUCAGUUCAGACAGGAUGAUCCCACUCUACCGCCCCUCACCAUCAUGAAACACAAUGUUGUGUUGUGGCUGGGAGAUCUAAACUACCGAAUAAGCGACCUGGAAGUUGAUCAAGUAAAGGAUUUGAUAGCUAAAAAGGAUUUUGAGACCCUGUAUAAUCACGACCAGUUGAAACGGCAGAUGGAUGAAGAGGUUGUGUUUGUGGGCUUCACGGAGGGAGAGAUUGAUUUCCAACCAACAUACAAAUACGACACUGGCUCAGAUCAGUGGGAUACAAGUGAGAAGUGUCGCGUUCCAGCAUGGUGCGACCGCAUCCUGUGGAGGGGAAAGAACAUUAAACAGCUUCAUUACCAGAGUCACAUGACCCUGAAGACCAGUGACCACAAACCCGUCAGCUCUCUGCUGGAGAUCGGGAUCAAGGUCGUGAACGAGGAGUCUUACAAGCGGACGUUCGAAGAGAUUGUGAGGCACAUUGACAGACUGGAGAAUGAUUGUAUUCCUUCGGUGUCUGUGUCUCAGAGAGAGUUCCUCUUCCAGGAUGUCAAGUUCAUGCAGCAUCAGGCAAAGACCGUGACCGUUUAUAACGACGGACAGGUGCCGUGUCAGUUUGAGUUCAUUCCAAAGCUGGACGAGCCCGCCUACUGCAAGCCCUGGUUAACGGCAAACCCCGCCAAAGGCUUCUUGGCUCAAGGUGCCAGUGUGGACAUCGACCUGGAGGUGUUUGUGAACCGCUCCACAGCCCCAGAGCUGAACUCAGGCCAGCAGCAGCUGGAGGACAUCCUGGUUCUUCAUCUGGAGAGGGGUAAAGAUUACUUCAUCUCCAUCACAGGCAACUACCUGCCCAGCUGCUUCGGCUCGUCUCUCAGUACCCUGUGCCUGCUGAGAGAGCCCAUCCAGGACAUGCCCCUGGAGACCAUCAGAGAGCUGAGUAUGAAGUCAAACAGCCAAGUGAGUGACCCAGAGACUGAUAAACCUCAAGAAAUCCCCAAGGAAAUAUGGAUGAUGGUGGACCAUCUCUUCCGUUAUGCAAAAAAACAGGAAGACCUCUUUCAGCAGCCCGGCCUGCGCAGCGAGUUCGAGGAGAUUCGGGAUUGUUUGGACACAGGGAGCUUAGACACUCUCCCUGGCAGUAACCACUCUGUGGCUGAAGCCCUGCUCCUGUUCCUCGAUGCCCUUCCCGAGCCAGUGGUUCCCUUCUCCUUCUACCCACAGUGCUUAGACUGCAGCUCAGACAGCAGCCACUGCAGACAGAUCAUUUCUAUGCUACCUCAGUGCCAUAAAAACGUUUUUAACUAUUUGACGGCCUUCCUUCAAGAGAUGUUAAAGCACUCCGCGCACAACCGGCUGGAUGUCAAUGUUUUAGCCCCGAUCUUUGCCGGCCUUUUGCUCAGGUCGCCCACCAAGCAAGAUCUGACGGAGAAAAGAAAGGCGAAGGAGUUUUUCCUGCAGUUCUUGGUCCAGACGCCCUCCGACAGAGAUAUCCACGAUAAAUUAUCCGAGUAGCGUGCUGCCUUUUAUUAUUUCACAUGCCUAGUUUUUCCAGGUAUCAGCAAAAAUGAUGUCGAUAAAACUUUGUAGUCGCCAUUUAAUUCAAAGCAUUUUUAAACGGAUAUUAAAGCUAAUAAUUUGUUUUGUUGCGAAACAAAUGGGAGUUUUUAUUUGAAAAAUAAUGGUUAUUUAAUUAAA